AUGGAUGUUUGCGUAAAAGAGGAAGUGUUGGAGACUCCCAUCGAAAGGAAGCCGCGAAACGGCGCCGUUUCGGUGCCUCCUCCUAGCUCGGUCAUCGAACUCAGCAGCAGCAGCAGCAGCAGCGACAGCGAUUCCGAGAACGACGUUGAUUUGGAUAGUGUAGUCGCCAGCGCCCUGCAAAACGGAGGAAGUUCGUCGAAGAAGCAAAGGACAGGUGACGGCGGAAUGAUUUUGCCGGUUGGAUUUCUCAGCCCUCUCCCUCCUGCUCCGGCGUCUCCACCGGCGCCGCUGAUGAGCUUGCCGCCGCCGGAAUGGGCUUCUAAUUCGGCAUCGCGGUCCAACGUGUGUAUGAGUUCGGGAGCGAAUAGCAGCAAGCAGUUCUGGAAGGCUGGAGAUUACGAUGGUGCUCCUUGCGAUGGCUUUGGAUCUUCAACAGUUGGUAUGGAUCAUGUCAGAGUUCACCCCAAGUUUUUGCACUCUAAUGCCACCAGCCAUAAGUGGGCUCUAGGAGGUAAAAUUGGUUAUGUUUCUGUAGCUUUUGCCGAGCUUUUGGACAAUUCAUUGGAUGAGGAACAUAAUAGAAGUGAUAAUGGUGGUGGCAUGGAUCCUGAUAAAAUGCGUCAAUGCAUGUCACUGGGGUAUUCUGCGAAAAGCAAAUUGGCAAACACAAUUGGACAAUCGCGUUCUGUUCUUACCAACCUUCGCAUCUCUUGUCCCUGCAAAGCAUGUUUGCUGUCUUACACAUUUUUGAGGAGUACAGGGAAGGAAGACAUUGUAGUACCCAUGCUGGACUAUGAAAGAAGAGGACAGCAAUGGAAUAAGAUAAUACGAACGUCUCUGGAUGAUUGGAAUAAAAAUGUUGAAACAAUGGUUCAGUGGUCACCAUUUUCUAAUGAGGCUGAUCUUCUUCGUCAGUUCAACUUGGUGAAAGAUCAUGGUACACGAGUAAUUAUAUACAAUCUUUGGGAGGAUGACCAAGGUCAGCUGGAGCUUGAUUUUGAUGCAGACCCACAUGAUAUCCAAAUAAGAGGUGUAAAUCGAGAUGAGAAAAACAUACAGAUGUCAAAAGAGUUUCCCAAUUCUCGACAUUUCUUGACCUAUCGACAUUCUUUAAGGAGUUAUGCUUCAAUUUUAUAUCUGAGACUUCCUUCUAGCUUCCGAAUUAUUCUUCGUGGGAAAGAUAUUUUACAUCACAACAUUGUGAAUGAUAUGAUGAUGUCUCAGGAAGUGACCUACAGGCCUCAAGCUGGAGUUGAUGGGCUUCUUCCAAAGGAUUCAAAUAUGGUUGCUGUUGUUACUAUUGGGUUUGUCAAGGAUGCAGUUCACCAUGUUGAUGUUUCGGGUUUUAAUGUUUAUCAUAAGAAUCGACUCAUCAAGCCUUUCUGGAGGAUCUGGAAUCCAGCUGGAAGUGGAGGGCGUGGAGUCAUAGGUGUCUUGGAAGCCAAUUUUGUUGAACCUGCUCAUGAUAAACAAGGCUUUGAGCGUACAUUAGUUUUAUCAAGACUGGAGUCUAAAUUAGUACAAAUGCAGAAAAAAUACUGGAGCACUAACUGCCAUAAAAUUGGUUAUGCUUCCAAUCGAAAUAAAACACAAAUCAGAGAUUCUGCUGAGAAAG